AUGGGUUCGAGUUCUAAGCGGGAGCGUUGUGAUUCCCAGUCACUACCCGAGAGAAACUCAUUGAACGGUGAUAAUAUCGAGCACGAAGGCGAUAUUCUUACUCCAUUCACCUAUCAAUGUAGGCUUUCAACGUUGCAGUAUUUUAAGAUGUACUUGCUCACUGUAACAAUACUCCCUUUUCGUGCUUUGAUAAUUGGUUUCCUUUUCAUUGCUACACUUCUCGUUGCAAAUAUAUUCUGGAUUGGACACGGCUCGAAAUCUCAAGUAAAACCUAUCUGCGACUUUAGAAGGUGGCUUAUCCUGCCGAUCGUACGUAUGUCUGCUCGACUUGUCUUCUUUGCUGGGGGAUUCCAUUGGAUUAAAAUCCAAGGAAUACGUGCGUCACGUAAAGAAGCGCCUAUUAUGGUUAUUGCACCUCAUUCAUCCUUCCUUGAUGCUCUUGUUGUUGUGGUUCUUGGCUUGCCAUCCGUUGUUGGGAAAACGGAGUCAGCGGAAUCUUUUGUUGGUGGAUUUGUCAGGAUGCUCGAACCCAUUCUGGUUAACCGAGAAGAUCCCAAUUCCAGGAAGAAAGCAAUUCAAGAGCUUAUUCGUCGUGCAAAAUCAGAAGAGGAUUGGCCUCAGAUUGUUAUUUUCCCGGAAGGCACUUGCACCAAUCGAAGCUGUAUUGCAACGUUCAAACCAGGGGCUUUCAAUGCAGGUGUACCGGUUCAACCAGUAAUCGUUCGCUGGCCAAAUAAAGUGGACAGCGUGACUUGGGUCUGCGAAGGUCCUGGUGUGUUUAAGUUACUAUGGUUGUUGCUGUCACAGUUCAACAAUAGAUUGGAAAUCGAAUUUUUACCAGUUUAUCAACCAAACGAAGAUGAACAAAUGGACGCUCAAUUAUAUGCUAAUAAUAUCCGUCGGAUCAUGGCGGAACAUUUGAAUGUCCCACUCUGCGAUUUAUCUUACGAUGACUUCUGUCAAAUCAGAAUAGCAUUCAAGUAUAAAAUACCAGGAUAUGAAACAGUAGUUUAUUUGAACUCCUUACUCCAAAUGAUGUUUGCGCUUGAACAUAAUUGUGAUUUGAUAACGGAUGAAGAUAAACAAGCGGAAUGGUUUCAAAGACGUCUUGAAAGCAUGCUUGGUGUAUGCCGACGUAAACCGUACUUAUCACGAAUGGAAUUUACUCAAACACUAUUUCAAACAAGUCAACCUAAUUCAAAAGCUAAUUAUCUAAUCAAUUUAGUUGUGAAAUAUUAUAGUGAUCCAUCAUCAAAUAAUCUCAAUUUUCGUAUGUGUAUGGUUCAUACAUCUAUGCUACUAUUUCCAAAGUUGCCUCAUCAAGCAUUUUACUAUGCUACAAAGGCAUAUAAUCUGUGUUCUUCACAAUCUGAUGUAAAUAUGGCGAAAGAUUGGGAAAUUAGUCGUUCUGAUGCAGCGGAGUUAUUGGGUUUUGCGUUCACUUUAGAAAAUGACGAAACAGUUAAUCUUAUACUUGAUCGUGCUUACCUGAUAUAUAAAUCUACUCAUUCAGAUAAUUCAUCCAGUGGAAUUAGUGGGGAGUACUUAUAUGAGGGCCUUUUAUAUCACCUGCCGGAUGUAGCUAAUUGUUAUGCUCAUUUUGAUGCAGAAAUCAACAAAGUUUUUGGUCGUCAUCGUCGUUCAUUAAUCGACUCAACUUCUACAUCAGAAAGUGAUCUUAAUGAUUUAAAAUCAACACAUUCUGUCCCUGUAGUUAAUUCUUUGAAUGCUACAAGCUGUCCAAACAUUACAACUAUCUCAAAUAAAAAAACUGAAAUAUUGCCCAGUCAUUUUGAGUGCAUUGAUGUUACAGAAAUCCCACCAAUUGAAACUAAUAAUUAUUCUGAAAAAUUGAAAGAUAAUGUCCACCUAAGCAACAGUCCGCUCAGAGAUGAUCAAAGUAUUAACUUUCGUGGGCGUUAUUCUGAACGUGGUAUAUAA